CUUGUGUACCUAAUAAGUAGGUAAUUGUUGGGAAGUACAAAUUGGAAAGAGUAAACGAAAGCUUGUAUUGACACGUCAAUCAACUGGCCGGAAAAUCGCCAUAGCUAACUUCACCAUAAAAAUGGUGGAAAUUUAACCAUUAACACAAAAAAACACCAAUAAAUAUGAUCCCUUUGGUCACCUUCGCGUUACUCAUCUUCUUCAACUUGAUUUCAUCAUCUUCUUCUUCACAAAUCUCCAUUUCUGUAACCCCAAAAACCUUAUCAAAAUCUGGUGAUUUUGUUACAAUCAAAUGGACUGGUAUCCCCUCACCUUCUAAACUCGAUUUCUUAGGAAUUUACUCGCCACCCAGUUCACUCCACGACAAUUUCAUUGGCUAUAUUUUCCUAUCUUCAACACCCGAAUGGGAAUCUGGGUCGGGUUCAAUUUCCAUCCCUUUAGUCAAUCUUCGAUCUGGGUAUGAGUUUCGGAUAUUCAGAUGGACGGAAUCGGAGAUUGUACCGGAUCUAGUGGAUCAUGACCACAAUCCAUUGCCGCAGACGAAGCAUCUUCUUGCGGUGUCGGAGGAGGUUGGGUUUGUUUCGGGUCGGGGACCCGAACAGGUUCAUUUGGCUUUAACGGGUUUUGAAGAUGAGAUGCGGGUUAUGUUUGUUACGCCUGAUGGGAAAGAGAGUUAUGUGAGAUAUGGGUUGACCCGGGGUAGAUUGGGUCGGGUUGUGAAAACUCGGGUUGUGAGGUAUGAGAAGGAAGAUUUGUGUGAUGCACCAGCUAAUAGUAGUAUUGGAUGGAGAGAUCCUGGGUAUAUACAUGAUGGUGUUAUGCUUAAUUUGAAAAAGGGAAAGAAGUAUUAUUAUCAGGUUGGCAGUGAUUCAGGGGGCUGGAGCACCAUUUACAGCUUUGUGUCACAGAAUAGAGACUCAGGUGAAACAUUUGCUUUCUUGUUUGGAGACAUGGGGACUGCUACCCCAUACUUGACAUUUCUUCGUACACAGGACGAAAGUAAAUCAACGAUUAAGUGGAUUAGCCGUGAUAUUGAAGCUCUUGGUAAUAAGCCUGCCCUUAUCUCACAUAUUGGAGAUAUCAGCUACGCUAGAGGAUAUUCUUGGUUGUGGGACAACUUUUUUACUCAGGUAGAACCUGUUGCAUCCAGAGUUCCAUACCAUGUAUGCAUCGGAAACCAUGAAUAUGAUUGGCCACUUCAACCUUGGAAGCCUGAUUGGUCAAGCUACGGGAAAGAUGGGGGAGGUGAAUGUGGUGUACCCUACAGUCAUAAGUUCCAUAUGCCAGGAAACUCUUCAGUGCCGACUGGAAUGCAUGCUCCUGCAACUCGGAAUCUUUAUUACUCAUUUGAUUCUGGGCCCGUUCACUUCGUCUAUAUGUCAACUGAAACCAAUUUCCUUCCAGGUAGUAACCAGUAUGACUUUUUAAAGCAUGACUUGGAAUCAGUUGAUCGAGUAAAAACUCCUUUUGUCGUCUUUCAAGGGCACAGACCAAUGUACAGUUCAAGUAGCGGAACAAGAGAUAUAUCUUUGAGGAAGAGAAUGAUUGAGUAUUUGGAACCUCUUCUUGUGAAGAACGAUGUGAAUCUUGUAUUGUGGGGGCAUGUUCAUAGGUAUGAGAGGUUUUGCCCUUUGAAUAACUUCACCUGUGGAAGCUUAGUCUUGAAUGGGAAGGAGCGGAAGGCUUUCCCAGUUCAAAUUGUGAUUGGGAUGGCAGGACAGGACUGGCAGCCUAUCUGGGCACCAAGAGAAGACCACCCUACGGAUCCUAUUUUCCCACAGCCUCUGCAAUCUCUGUACCGUGGGAGUGAAUUUGGAUACGUGAGGCUGCAUGCCACGAAGGAAAAGCUUACACUUUCUUAUGUAGGAAACCAUGAUGGGGAUGUGCAUGAUAAGGUGGAGUUCCUAGCUUCAGGACAACUUCUCAGUGCUGGUAUCCGUGAUGGUCCUGCAGACGCAGUACACGUGGAGUCUAAGUUCUCAAGGUAUAUAAAGGUUGGAAGCGUGCUAAUGCUUGGAGCUUUUAUGGGUUACAUAGUUGGAUUCAUAUCUCAUGCUCGGAAAAAUUCUGCUGAUAAAGGAUGGAGACCUAUAAAAACCGAGGAAAUAUGAAUACUUGCUUCUUCAGAUUGUGAAAUUUGGCGAUACUCAAG